AUUCAUCAAGGAGCGUCUCUAAUCACAUUUCAGGGAUAAACAUGAGACUGAAGGAUCUUCAUCUCAAGCUCAAGGGAAUCAGGCUAAACCGCUUUCCGAUAGGAGAUGGAGGGAGCAAGAAAAGAUGGCAGAAGAUUCCAAUGCCUCCAUGGCUUGCAUUAUUACAUGGGUAUCAUGUCUUGGAGGAUCAACCAUUUGUAAGUGGUUCAGCUGAACCUGAGCCUGACUCAGUUGUGGUACACACACAGAAAAUUGAAGAGCUUCAGUUGUGGUUUUUCGGUGUUUCCGAGGGUCAAGUUGGAGAUGAAGUUACCAAGUACGUGCGAUCCCAUUUACUUGACAGGAACCCCAAAGAGUCACAGAUAAGGAGAAAGAGCAAAGAGGCAAUGAGAAAGGCAUACCAUGGUGCAAGAGCAAAGAUCAGAGACGCACAGAAAGCAGAUGAGCCAUGGCGAGCGGGUUCAGUAUCUGUGUUGGUCAUCAACACGGGAGAUCUUGUGAUGGCUUCCAUGGGAAACUAUAGAGCUGUUGUCUGCAGAGCUGCUAUGGCUCAUGAGAUAGGCAGCAGGGGCCAAAAAUCAGCCAAAAGAUAUUGGUCUCGCAGACUCGUUUCAGUACGCAAAUAUUUGGGCAAAAUAGCAUGCAAUAAGCAGUCCAAAGGCCCGGAGAUUCUUGUUGGUGCUGAAAUAAUUGAUUCGCCUACUGAAUUUGUCAUCUUAGCUAGCACUGGCAUAUGGGAGGUUAUGAAUGACCAAGAGGCUGUUCUUCUCAUCCGAGACAUAGAUGAUCCUCGAAUAGCUGCUGAGUAUUUGGCAAACGAGGCUUUGAAUAGGAGGAGCAAAAGCAGAAUUUCUUGCUUAAUCAUUCGCUUUAACUAACACCUUUUCAUA